AUGGUGGUUGAGGACCUGCUUCAAGCAAAAAUGUUUCAUUCAUACAGAUCAUCAGAAGAAAAAAGAUGUGAUGUGAAACAACAACCAUAUGAGGAGAAAAAGGUCCUGCAUAUUUGCACAUUCCCAUCAAGUGACGUCUUCAUGUAUGUCGAGAUGCACCUCAGAUUGAUAGACAGAGACACAAACACAACGAUCUACAAUCGCACAUGCAGUGUGGAGGAUCAGCUUUUUCUGUAUCCUCCAACAAAUAUAUCCCUUCAUCCAACUGGCGACGUGGGCCAAAUGUUAGUUGAAUGAAAAAAAAUAAAAAAUCCAACAAACAUGCAGUAUGAAAUUCAUUACAGAUCCCAAAACACAUCAAGCACAUUUAGACCGGUGUCAAAACACUCCCAUAAACUUGUGUCUCUGGUCGCAGGAGAGAACUGCACAGUGCAAAUGAGAGUCAAGCCUGGAGGUGUUUUUUGGAGUGACUGGUCAAGUCCUGUAACAGCUAUGGUGCCACAAACAGCAGGUGAGAGAAAGUUGCGGUGCCACACUCCAGAUCUGCAUCAAGUAUUAUGCCAAUGGAGAGGAGACAUUUAUGAUGACGGCAGAUACAGCUUCCACUACAGACAAAUAAACAGAAGUCUGUGGGAUAGUUGGAAGUUGUGUUCCAGAGACAACGACACUGUCCAUCAAUGUGUCUUGUAUGGGCAAGAGUCCAUUAGGCCUAUCUAUGAGUUUUACCUCAGUGUUGGAUUGCAACCAUUUGGUCGAACGUUUUAUGCAGAAACUUUCAGUAUGAACCGCAGCAUCCAGACAAGGCCUCCAGGUCUGAAGGCACAGCCUGAGGAAGGACGGCUUUGUUUGACAUGGGAUCCACCAUUUUUGAAGAUCUCGCCGUAUCUAAAGUACCAGAUCCAAUACCAGCGGGAAGGAGCGAUAGUGGACAGAUGGAUAUGA